AUACUCCUGUGUUGAAUUGCGCUAUAGCAAGAAGAAGUUUGAGAUAUUGAUGUAAACAAUUAAGCAUGCGCGAGUCACAUGGUGUUUGGUUGUGUUUACUUUUACCAUACCUUUAAAACAUGGUGAUACAGUUCUAUUACAAUAUGUCAAAUAACACGCUGCUAAAAUAAAAACAUUUGGAGACAAAGUCCCUUCAAGCAAUAUUAUGCCCACGCGCAUCAAGGAAGAAUUUCGACAAAUCGACUGUCGUUUCAAACACCACGUGAUGUAUCCCAUGUUAUACGUCAUUCCGGAUGUGCGACUCUCCCUCUCUUAAACUGUGGUGGUGAAUCGUUAAUUGAAAAUGGCUUUCAAUCGGAGUAGAAUGAUUCAGCAACUUUUUCAAAAUCUUGUGACAUUUAAUGUAAUAUUGAACACCGUGAAUUACUUCUGACGUUGAUUACUUUUAAAAUCCGUUCAACAAAUAAGAGCACAAGGUCCUUUUAUAAAAACUCUUGGCUCCGAAAACACAUAUGUUAUUGAAUAUUGGGAUGUGGCUGAUAAAACACUAUGGCGAGUCUAUCCGCUGUGUUCACUGAGACAGAAAGGACGAACUGGCUGAAGGCGUGGCUGGCAGUUGACAUUGCUAAGUCUGGUUUAGAGCAGUUCGUGGAGAACGAGGCUAAAACUGUACACACCAAUAUAUACAACAAUGUAUGGUCAAGUAUUCCAUCGCAAGCCACCUGUAUAGGCUGUACUACUGCAAACUUGCUGAAAUGCCCAACACAAGGCGUAUGCAAUAAACGAGGACCACAGAGUACAUGCACAUCUAUGCAUGAUAACGCGGCAAAACAACCACGACAGUGUCCUGCUAAUGUGUGUAAUAAAGUUCAUGACGAAAUUGUAAAGCAUCAUACGUUUAACAAACCGUCAUGGAAAAAUACAAUGGCGGAACAAUGGACAACAAAUCCAUGGCAAAUAGCCAAGGCGUAUUUGCCUCGAGACGGAUAUACUGGCAAGUGUUCAGUCCAAGAUACAGACUUCAACGGAAUCAUCAGUUUUAUGAUGAACUGCAAACACUUCGACAACAAGUUUUCUUUUCCAAUUUCUACCGGAAAACACAGUCCUCCGUGUCUACUGACUAUGGCGCGAGAUAUUGGUAGAACUGUCCGUCACUCGUCCCAGUGUAAAGUCACAGACCCAGAUCUCCAGGACGUCUUCACAACACUGACUAACCUGCUUAGUGACCAAACGAGUCUUGCACAUGACGUCAAUGCUCUGGAGGCUGUGAAAAAAAUAGCAGAGCUGCAACAGGACACAUUAAAGAUAACCACGGAGGAAAUGAUUCAUUUACUAGACGCUGCAAACGAUACACUUAAGAAAGUUCAAAACAUAGCUGAUAAAUCUCUGGAUGAGAUGCAGAUGUACCUUGAACAGUGUAAAACGGAUCUAAAUUCACACAUAGACAUCUGUAAACAGAAACUUGAUGACCAUACCGCCAAAUGUACAACUGAUAUAGAUGAACAUGCCAUUGAGACUUUGGAAUCGACCUAUGAGCAAUCUAGUAAAGGUAUUUCUUAUUUUGUGUUCGCUGUAAGUUCUCUAUUAAUAACUCCGAAUGCAUAUUUCGGAUAAUUAAUCACGUUUUUGAAACCCUUUACUAAAUCUCA